AUGGACGAGGCGUACCAGCUGGUCGAAGACAUCCAGUGCCGCGUCGCCGCGGACUGCAUCGACUCCUGCUCCGCGCGAUGGUUGGCCGACAUGGAAUGGAACGUGGAAACGCUGAAAACGGAUCAUCUGAGGGACACUAUACUCUCCCAGUUACUGCACACCGUUCGGAGCAUCACAAAAGCCAUAGAUGAGAGGGUCAUAUGUUACGUCGGAAGAGCUUUACGUCUGCUGCACGUUAACGGAACCGCACUCGAAGCCAUCAUGGCGGUACACCGGGAUCUCCUCUCCAACAACUUGCGAGACGCUGCGCAGCUGUUCUCACUCGGUGCGACGCACCUCUCACAACUGGUGGUUCCACUCGCGUUCGAACACAUGGGUAACCACACGACUCUUCAGCGACUCGAUGGAUGGAUUAAGGACAUGGAAAGUGUGAGGGACAUGCUAGACGGGAAAUUAAAGGAUUGGGUACAUGACAUACAUUCCAUCUUGGAGCAGAUGCCGACAUACAAGAUAGAAGAAGACAAGAACGGAACUGAGGAGUAUUUAAUAAGGUUGCCGCUGUUGAGUCAUCGCCUACUGAUCUAUCACGUUCCGCAACUCUCCUUCCGUGAAGACUUUGGUGCGCUAUGCAAGGAGCAACAGCCACGGGCUUCACAAAUGUUCGGCCUCGCCGACGCGCUGUACACCUUCUUCCGUACCUUCUGGUUUCAACAUGUACUCGGUGCAAGUUUUCACUAUGUAAAUACUGUAGAUGAGGAGUGGUAGCUGGAGGACAGAAGCAACGCUACGCUGUACGUGGAUACUGGCUGCAUGCAGGUGCUGGCCAACGCGCUGGACCACCCCACGUGUCCACUGGAAGACCUGCCACCGGAGGCCACCGAGCAGCGCGAGCGUUGUCGCGUGCAGCUGUGGAAUGACAUGGUGCAGAGGUCGCCCUACUUACCCGUCACCAGCUACCUGGCCUACACGCAGAGGGCGAACGUCAACCUCUGCCUCUUGGCCUGGAUGGCUGCCAACUCGUUCAGCAUUUGUCAGGACGUACCCUUUAGUAUGUUACGGUCUGUACACGAUGCUCGCUGCUAUUUCGAUAAUCCUGAUGACCAAUCAUGUCUGGGAUCGAACGCUACGGAUGCAAUCUGCUCUGUUUCCAGAGCUAUUCUGUUCAUGAAGUGUCGCGACUUUUUCUCCCUUAAGCCUGCCGAGAAAUGUGUCGUCGGACUUCAUGCGGAUGGAUCGUACGUAAAGAUGUUCAAUCAAAUGUGGAGAGAAGGUGAUUUCGAAGGGGAUGGAAAGCCAACAGAAAUAACACUGAGCUACAAAGACAGUUUGAACAAUGCCACCUUGAAAUACAAGGACUUUAAAAUCGACAACUUACAACUUUUAGAAAUUUCAUUUAUAGCAGUAAAUAUUCUUUUCCGAUUUUUGGCUGCCGGAGUAUACACGUACCUUCCCCACUUACGUAAUUUACCCGGAAAAAUAUUCUUGUGCUUUCAGAUCACGGGUAUAAUCCAGAUCCUGUGUUCUGAGGUCGUGUAUCGUAUGGCAGGUGUGCCUGAUUUAUCUACGGCGGUGCUAAUCGAUAGCGCCCUCACACUUCUCGGCUGCGUCUGGCUAAACUCAUUCUGCUACCAAAUGUACGCGUGCAUUCGUCACCUGAGGCUUCCUAACGACCUACUACCUGCUGAAGCAAGAAAAGUAUUCUGUCGUCAGGCGCUGUAUGCUCUAAUAUCCUGGAGUGUAGUAUGUGCAGCAUGUGUUGCCUUGGAAAAAACGAGUAAGUAUUAUUUGUUCCACAGUCGAAUAAUAUUGCUCGUGGGAAUUUCACUUUCGAUAGCUUUUAAUUUGGUUUGCCUCGGACUAGUGGGGUACAUGUACAUACGUACUCGGAACUCCAUGCGCCAACUCAAAAUUUACAGUAAAAAUAAAUUUGGCUCAAAGAAAGAUGUUCUGUUUAUGUCAGUGAAGACUGUUAUCCUAAGUGGUAUAGGUGUGAUUAUUAGAAUUGGGUUCCACCAGGCACAAGGUAUUGCACAGUUCGUGUACUACGUGCACAUAGCUACGAUGAUGCAGGGGCCAGUGCUGUUCGUUUUUUUCAUUUGCAACGGAACAACACUGCCUCUGCUCAGGGACAGAGUACUGGGAUGGUUUAACCGAGACGCGGUCGGUCCAGGGCUGGAACUGUGUUCAGCAGCGGAGAGAAAUCUGGCGAGGAUGAAGAAGGAACGGUCUCUGCCUGCAGAAUCCUCGUUUUAAUCCCCGUGUGUAUUCUUCUUUAAGAAGUGUCUUAAUUGUAGACUCCACUAAAGCCUGUGAUCAAAUAUAAAGACACGGUCCAGCUGGUGAAAUAAAAUUAACUGUGAUGAAUACCGUGAGCCAGUGCCACAGUUUUAUAAUUUACCCUUUAUUUACAAUCGCGUGCUUAUUUGUACAAGGUACGUCCGUCUAGAAAUAGUAAACGACUCUAAUAAUUAAAUGUGUGAAAUGUAGUCUGAAGUGAACGAAAAGUUUUGAGUAAUGGCGAUUGUUAGCAAGAUGUUGACUUGAUGAGUGGGAGAUACAGCGAGGUACUGUAGAAGACGUUAAAAAGUAUUGCGCAUGUAGUGUGUUAGUCUUAAGCAAGUAAGAAGGCUAUUUAAAAAGACAUUUAUACAAAUAGUAUUGGGGUAGAAAACACAUGCGCCAGAAGCUGAACUAAAGGGCACACGUCUUGCCACAAAUUAAUCUAUAACGGCAUUAUAGAUGCAACUAAGUGUUAUAUGUUAUCAAUAAACU